AGAGAACCCUGUCUUGAAAAAAAAUAAAUAAAUAAAUAAAUAAAUAAAUAAAUAAAUAAAUAAAGAGAAACAUUUAAGAGGAAUGACAAUCUCUUUUGUGAGAGAACCUUGUCUUUGAUGGAUAUUCUUUUUUGGUUUUUCGAGACAAGGUUUCUCUCUGUACCUUCGGAGCCUAUCCUGGCACUCGCUCUGGAGACCAGGCUGGCUUCAAACUCACAGAGAUCUGCCUGCCUUUCCCUCCUGAGUGCUGGGAUUAAAUGCAUGCAUCACCAAUGCCCAGCAAUGGAUAUUCUGAAUAUGUUGAAUUUGGGGUACCCCAAUCCAUGCUUAAAAGUUUGGUCUUCAGAAUUUCCACAAAUAUGCAUUGCCACAUAUGUACUCUGCUUUGAGAGUCUUUAGAGAAUUUUAUGACGACAUACAUGAAUCAUUUCAAAGUUAAAACAGAUUAUAUAGAUGAUUCUUGCAUUAAGGUCCCUUCAUUCAACUGGGGAAAAAAAAAAACAGCAGAAAUUGUAUAUAUGUGAUAAGAAUGCCAAGCAUCUAAUAAUAUUUCUGUCUUCAUAGAGGUUGAAACCCUUAAUUUUGAACAAUCCAUUGGUUUUAUCCAUUCUUUCAUCAACAGGAAGGAAGACACAGUGCUUGGGAACUCUGUGAUUGUAUGCAACAUAAAAAUAUCUUCAGAGAACAUUCAUAUUUUAAAAGGCACAUGAAAACUGAAAAUUCAAAUGCCUGUGACUCUAGUCAAUAUGGAAAACACUUUCUCACUCUGCAUAAGAAAACAUCUAUGAGGCAGGAACUUUCUGUGUUGAGUCAGUAUGCAGGAGACUUUGUGACCCCAAAUGUUACUCGACAGAGAACAGACUUACAGGAUAAGCCUGUUGAAUGUACUGACUUCCUUAAUCAGUCAUAUUUUAAAGUACAUAUGAGAAUGUAUAAUGGGGAAAAAUUCUGUGAAUUGACUCGAUUUGCAGGAGAUUUUACAUGUUCCACAAGUGGAGCUCUGCCUAUUCAAAAAUAUACCAUAAAAGCCUAUGAAUGUAAGAUUUGUGGGAAAGUCUUUGGCUGUUCUUCAAAUCUUAAUAAUCAUAUGCGAACCCAUACUGGGGAGAAGCCCUAUGAAUGUAAGGUUUGUGGGAAAAUCUUUGGGUAUUCUUCAAAUCUUAAUAGUCACAUCCAAACUCACACUAGGGAAAAACUUUAUGAAUGUAAAAUAUGUAAGAAACCCUUCACAACUUCUUCAAGUCUAACUGAACAUUUCAGAAUUAAUACUGGAGAGAAACCAUAUAAGUGUAUAGAAUGUGGAAAAGCUUUUACUAAGCACUCAGGACUUUCUACACACAUACAAAAACAUGUUGGGCAGAAGCCCUAUGUAUGUAAGUUGUGUGGGAGAUCCUUUACUAUUUCUUCAAACCUGACUGAACAUUUAAGAAGUCAUACUGGAGAAAAACCCUAUGAAUGCAAGGAAUGUGGGAAAGCCUUCCAGGCAUCUUCCUACCUUCAUAAACAUCUAAGAACACAUACUGGAGAGAAACCCUAUAAAUGUGCUAAGUGUGGGAAGGCCUUCCCCACUUCCUCCUAUCUACGGAAACAUGUAAGAACUCACAGUGCAGAGAAACCUUAUAAAUGUAGGGAAUGUGGAAAAUCUUACAAAAGAUGUUAUCUAUUGAAUGAACACUUAAAAACUUGUAUGGUAGACAAACCUUUUGAUUGCAAGGUAUGUGGAAAAUCUUUUAGGAGUUUUGCAUGCCGUAAUAAACACAUUCGUCUUCACACUGGAAUCAGACCGUAUAAAUGUAAGUACUGUGGGAAAGACUUCACUGUUUCUUCAAGUUUAACUGAACAUAUAAGAACACACACUGGAGAGAGGCCGUAUGAAUGUAAGGAGUGUGGGAAAGCCUUCACUACAUCCUCAUGUCUGAUCAUCCAUAAGAGGACUCACACAGGAGAGAAACCCUAUGAAUGUAAGCAAUGUGGGAAGGCAUACAAAAGGUGUUACCUGCUGACUGAACAUGUGAAAACUCACACUGGGGAAAAGUCCUUUGAAUGUAAAGUAUGUGGAAAACUCUUUGGAAAUUCCUCUUGCCUUAAUAAGCACAUUCGAAUUCACACUGGGAUAAAACCCAAUAAAUGUAAGUACUGUGGAAAAGAAUUCACUGUUUCUUCUAGCCUAGCUGAACGUGUAAGGACUCAUAUGGGUGAGAAGCCCUACAAAUGUAAGGAAUGUGGGAAAGCCUUCAUAACAUCCUCAAACCUCUAUCACCAUGCACAGAUUUGUGAUAGAGAGGUUUCCUCUAAGUAUCAAGAAUGUGGAAAAAACUACAGUAAGUUUUAUCAACUAACUGAACAUUUAAUAAAUAAGCCUGAACAGAAAUCCUUUGAAUGAGAGGAAUGUUGAAAGUCCUUCAAGAAUUCUCCACGUCUUAAUCAUAAUGGAAUUACACUGGUGAGAAGCCUUAUUAAUGUAAGAAAUGUGGGUUAGCCUGCAGACCAGCUUACUUGAAAGACAUGAAAUCUCUCUUGUUCUCAAAAUGCCCAUGAAUUUAAGAAACAUGAGAGCCAUGGAAUGUCAUCAAAGUGCCCUAGUAUGUGAGCUUACCCUGGAGCCAUAUAAUGUCACAAAUAUGAAAGCCCUACUUCUUGUGGACUUGUGAAAGACAUAAGAUUUUGCAGUGGAGAACCUGUUGUACGUGAUGUGGAAAAGUUAUUCUGCUAAGUUCUUUACUCGUGAUCUCACAGUGGAGAUGAUGAAGGUAAGGAAGUUGCAGUCCGUUUUCUACAUAUUGCCCUUGAGCCUUUAAUAAUCAUGGCAAUUUAUAACCAAGAGAAAAUGGGUGCAGAGUAUGUGAGAAUUAUGACCACAUCUUGGAAUAUAUGCUAACAGAGAUAGGAUCUUCUGAUUUUUGUUGCUGUUUGAAGCAGACCAAGUUGAACUCAAACUGUGUGUAUCAGGGGAUGGCCUUCUACCCCUUGAUCCUCCGGUGUCCACCUCCUGAGUGUUGUGAUUUACCCAGUUUUUAUUCAGGGCUGGUGAGUGAGACAGGGCUUUGGGCAUACUAGUCAAGCACUUUACCUGCCACAUACUAGUCCCCUUUUCAGUAUAUGUUCAUUUAUUUUGAACAUUUGUGAUUCUUCCCUAAUUGUUUCUAAAGUGGUUUGUAUCUUUCUUACCACACUUUCCACUAAAUCACUGUGCCUUCCGGAUUGCUCCAUGAAAAAAAGUGAACUUCCAGAAUAUUAGCUAAUCUGUUGUCUGGGAUUAAACUAGGACUUCAUAUAUAUUAAGCAUGUGUUCUUCCCUGGAGCUGUACCCAUACCCUCAAAUUCUAUUUCAGAUAUAUACUAUAUAUUAUAUAUUAUAUCAAGUCUUUCUCUGUCCUACCAGCUCCCAAAAAAACACACCGAGACUUAUUAUUAAUUAUGAAAGCACAGCCAAUAGCUGAGACUUUUUCCUAACUAGCUCUUACAGCUUAAUUAACCCAUUUCUAUUUACAUGCCUGUUACCUCAUCUCCUACAUGUCAUGCUUCCUACAAGUCUCCUGGCAACUCUACCUUUUUUCCUAGCAUCCUCUGUGCCCUGAAAAUCUGUGUAGGUAUUGGCCUUCAGCUUUUUAUUAAACCAGUCAGAGUGAUACAUCUUCACAGUGUAGAAAAAGAUUAUUCCACAAAUAUCCACCUUUUUGUCUAAGUAAAAUGGAAAGGUUUUUAACUCUGAUAUACAUGGUAAAAUUAUAUACAAUAUGAACAACUAUCAGGUAUUGUCUAAAUAGGAAAGGUAUUAACUUUAAUAAAUGAAACUAUAUACAAUAAGAGUAAUUAUUAAGAAUUACAUUUAUGCUGGGCGGUGGUGGCACAUACCUUUAAUCACAGCACUUGGGAGGCAGAGGUAGGCAGAUCUCUGUGAGUUUUAAGGCCAGCCUGGUCUACAGAGCUAGUUACAGGACAGCUAGGGCUGUUACUCAAACCAUCUUGAAAAACCAACAACAAAAAAGAAUUACAUUUAGAUUGUCCAGUCCAUUUGUGUUUGGCAAGUUUAGAGAAAGUACUUCAUAUCUAUUCUCUCUUGAGGAAUCCAAAGUUUUGUACCUAAUUUAUCUUGUUAUAACUAAGGAAAACUAUAACUAGUCCUCAAUUCCAUUAAAGACCCCAGGAGGAUACAAUAUUACCUGAGUAAACAAAAAGUGCAGAGCAAGCAACUUCCAAAAUUAUAAAAUGGCAGACAUCUGGCUCCCUAGACAGUCACCCAAGGUUCCUCUGUAACAUUGGGGCAUCCAUCUUCAGCCUACAGGCCUGGAAUAUCUGACAGACUUUUCUGUGAAGCAGGAAAUUUGAAGAACUGUUCCACCUUGUUUUGGCAAAGUUCAGCAGUAUCUUUCCUGUGUGUCCUGCAUAUAUAUUCUCCAUUUGCCAUGAUUCACCUGCAGUAGCUAACAGCCAGGUUUGGGGUUUAAUACAGUUAUUUUGGGAAUGAGGGGUGAGAUAGUGUCUUGCUCUAUAUGCCAAGUUAUCUGAAACUUAGCAUGCAACCCAUGCUAACAUCAAGCCUGUGACAGUUCAGUUUCAGCUUCUCAAGUGUUGGGGUUAUAGGCAAGGGCCAGAUUUUUAUUUUAUUUUUUUUAAGGCAAAGUCUCACCAUGUUUCCCUGUCUGGCCUAGAACUCCCUAUAUAGACAAUACCGGCCUCCAACUCAUGCCAAUCUGCUUGCCUUUUCCUCCUGAAUGCUGGAAUUCGAGAUAUGUACCACCAUGCCCAGCUAUGCCCAGCUCUUAAUGUUGUUCAAAUAUCUUUUGAGGGGCUGGGGAUAUAGCUCAGUAGUAGAAUGCUUGCCUGGCAUGCAUGAGGCCCUAGGUUUGAUAACCAGCACUACACACACACACACACACACACACACACACACACACACACACACAAUGCUUUCGUAGCUAUUUGUAGAUAAAAAGAGGUAAGUUGAGGAAAGAGUGAGUGAAUAGCUAAUAGUGGGAAAUACCUCAGUUUCACAAUCAGAGAAAUCUUACACUGAGAGUGGAAAUUCCCGUAACAUGCAAUGUAGGAACAGUGAGAACCCUGAAUUUUCUUUUCUUUUUUUU